AUGGUGAGAAUUCAAACAGCGCCCGGUCUACAGGGAGUAUUCAAACAGCGCCCAGUCUGCAGGGAGGAUUCAAACAGCGCCGAGUCUGCAGGGUCUAUUCAAACAGCACCCGGUCUACAGGGAGUAUUCAAAGAGCGCCCGGUCUCCAGCGAGUAUUCAAACAGCGCCCGGUCUAAAGGGAGUAUUCACACAGCCCCGGUCUCCAGCGAGUAUUCACACAGCCCCCGGUCUCCAGCGAGUAUUCACACAGCCCCCGGUCUCCAGCGAGUAUUCACACAGCCCCGGUCUCCAGCGAGUAUUCACACAGCCCCCGGUCUCCAGCGAGUAUUCACACAGCCCCCGGUCUCCAGCGAGUAUUCACACAGCCCCCGGUCUCCAGCGAGUAUUCACAACGCCCCCGGUCUACUGGGAGGAGUAUUCAAAGAGCGCCCGGUCUCCAGCGAGUAUUCAAACAGCGCCCGGUCUAAAGGGAGUAUUCACACAGCCCCCGGUCUCCAGCGAGUAUUCACACAGCCCCGGUCUCCAGCGAGUAUUCACACAGCCCCGGUCUCCAGCGAGUAUUCACACAGCCCCCGGUCUCCAGCGAGUAUUCACACAGCCCCCGGUCUCCAGCGAGUAUUCACAACGCCCCCGGUCUACUGGGAGUAUUCAAACAGCGCCCAGUCUAUGCAGACGGCGCCGUUCUCCCACCUCUCGGAGUUUGCCCCCCCACCCACACCUAUGGUUGACCACCUGGUGGCCUCGAACCCCUUCGAUGACGACUUCAGCCCCCCAAAGGUGGGGGGUUCCCAGCCCGCCCCGGGACCCCCUGCUCCCCCCUCCCAGCCCCCGGCCGGCCCCCCCGGCCCGGCCCCUUCUUCGGGGGCCCCACCCCCUACGGGGCCUACCGGGGCGGGCCCCCUCCUCCCCCGCACCACCUGCACCCGGCCUUCAGUGGGCCCCUCCCGCAAGCCGCCCGGCGCCCAGGGCCGGCGGCCGUCCCCCCCCCCUCCCGCUGCCGCCCCCCAGCCCCCAACCCCGGCUGCGGCUGCUCCUGCCCCCGCCCCUCCUCCUCCUCCUCCCCCUCCCCCUCCGCCCCCGCCUCACCACCACCACCACCAUCACCACCACCACCACCACUUCGCCAGCCCCGGCGGAGGGCAGCAGCAGCCGCAGCAACUCCCGGGCGCAGGCUUCGGCCUAGCCCAGCCCGGCCCUCAGGCCUUCAGCGGGAGUUUCGGGGGCCAGGCCUUCAAUCCUGGGGUCGGCCCCACCUUCAGCCCCCCGCCCCCCCAGGCGGCUGCUGGCUUCGCCGCGGCAGGGCCGGGGCCUCCUCCUCCUCACCCUCCCGGCGCCCCCGGGCCGCGUGGCUUCAUCCACUUCCCCGGGGGCUCCCGCUCUGGAUUCGCCAAGGCCCCUGGCCAAGCCGCCUCCUCUUCCCCCUUCGCUGACAGGAGCUUCCCCCCUCCUCCUCCUCCUCCUCCUCCUCAGCAGCAACCCCCACCCGAGGACGGGCCUAAAGGCUUCGGCCGGGCCUACGAUCAAGGCGGGGAGAGGGGCCCGGCUUCGUCCACCUCCGCGUCCGCCGCCACCACCUCCUCGCCCCCGGCGACCGUCAACGGGGCCCAGCCCUCAGCCUUCGAGCGGAGUGCCCCCCCUGGGCCGGGCGGCGAGCCCGGGGCCACCCGCUGCUUCAAGGCCUCAGGCUCUCGGGGCCCGGCGUCGUCCUCCGAGCCGGUCUACCCGUGCGGCUUCUGCCUGGGCGAGGUGCACGACGACCAGGACGCCAUCUUGUGCGAGGCCUCCUGCCAGAAGUGGUUCCACCGCGAGUGCACGGGGAUGACGGAGACGGCCUACGGCCUGCUGACCCGCGAGACCUCCGCCGUCUGGGCCUGCGACUUCUGCCUGAAGACGAAGGAGAUCCAGUCCGUCUACCUGCGGGAGAACCUGGGCCAGGUGGCAGCGGCAGCAGCUACUGCAGCGGAGGGCUGACCGGGCUCCCUGAGUUUCCCCUCCACCAUGGGAGCAAGGGCCCUCCCAGAAACCCUACACUCUCUCUCUCUCUCUCCCUCUCUCUCUCUCUCUCCCUCUCCCCUUUCUCUCCCUCUCUCCCCUUUCUCUCCCUUUCUCUCUCCCUAUCUCUCUCCCCCCUUCCUCUCUCCCACCCUCCACACCUCCCUAAGUCCCCCCUCCUCAUUCUCACUAUCGCUCUCUGCCCACAUCCAGGCAUUUCACCGACACUCUCACUGUCGCUAUUUGUUCCUCUCCCUCCCUCCCUCCCUCUGGAGAGAUCUUCCUGAGCGUCACCAAUAUGUUGGACGAGGAAGACACACCUGGCAGUGUGCGCUCUCGCUCUCUCUCACUCGCUCUCUCUCACUCGCUCUCUCUCACUCGCUCUCUCUCACUCGCUCUCUCUCACUCGCUCUCUCUCACUCGCUCUCUCUCUCUCGCUCUCUCUCACUCGCUCUCUCUCACUCGCUCUCUCUCACUCGCUCUCUCUCACUCGCUCUCUCUCUCUCGCUCUCUCUCUCUCUCUCUCGCUCUCUCGCUCUCUCGCUCUCUCUCUCUCUCUCUCUCUCUCUCUCUCUCUCUCGCUCUCUCGCUCUCUCGCUCUCUCGCUCUCUCGCUCUCUCGCUCUCGCUCUCUCGCUCUCGCUCUCUCUCUCUCUCUCUCUCUCUCUCCCUCCCUCCCCUCCCUCCCCCCCUCCCCUUCUCUCUUCCCCCUCACCCCUCUUUCUUUCUCUCCCCCCCCCCCCCUCCCCCCCACCUCACACAGCUGUGUGUUUGUAACUCCCGUCAGGCCUGAGAGACACGAGACUUUGAGUGGGGUCUGGGCCAUUGGUGAAGGGGCCCUGGUGGCACUCAGCGGUUGCCAUGUGCGCGUGCCAGGGUCUCCAUGACAUUCCUGGGGGGAGUGGGGCGCCUGACAGACUGCGUCUUUCAGAGCGGGCAAGCAGGCAAGCAGAUCGGUGAGUGGCCUCUAUUCACUCGGGAUAGUCCUGUGUUUUUCUCCCGAUCUCUCCCCCUCCACCCACCCCAACCUCCAGCAGAGGUGUUCCUGGUUUCCGGUAACAGCUCUCCGCACCCGCCCGGGGGGACAGGUCAGGCGCCAUCUUCGGUCGAGAGCCAAAGUUCUUCACGACAGGGACCCCCUCCCCCAGUCAGUCGCGGAAGCUCCUCUGUGUAUUCGCACACUGCGCCACAUCCGUGGCCUACUCACCUCGGCUCGUCGGGCACAGGAAGAGGUCACCUGCUGCCGUUCCCCACCCCUCACUCCUUCCCAGUCGGUGGGGGGGGAAGCCAUACAUUGUCAGGAGGCUUCGUCUCACGCUGCUCAGGACACUUUGCAAGAAUUCCAAUACGUGAAGAGAGAGUGAGGCAUACACUGUUCAGGACACUUUGCAAGAAUCACAGUACGCGGAGAGAGAGAGAGAUAUGUUGUUCAGGACACUUUGCAAGAAUCCCAAUACAUGAAAAGAAAGUGAGACAUACGCUGUUCAGAACACUUUGCAAGAACCACAGUAUGCGGAGAGAGAGACGUUGUUCAGGACACUUUACAAGAAUCACAAUACACGAAGAGAGAGUGAGACAUACGCUGUUCAGGACACUUUGCAAGAAUGGCAGUACAUGGAGAGAGAUACGCUGUUCAGGACACUUUGUAAGAAUCCCAAUACGCGAAGAGAGAGAGAGAGAGAGAUACGCUAUUCAGGACACUUUGCAAGAAUGGCAGUGCGCAGAGAGAUACAGUGUUCAGGACACUUGGCAAGAAUUGCAGUGCUUGAACGUGGAGGGAGCGCUAACAUUGACAGUCGGAGGGGUGCGUGCUGAUUGGUUGAGGUGCACACGUCUGAUUGGAGAGUACGCCAGCUGCUGAUUGACAGUCAACUGCUGGGCCAUGGGCAGCUUGUGGCCAACCGCCCUCUGGCCUAUUGGAGUCAACCUUCCCGGUUUAAAACCGCAACGGACCUUGGCAGUUAACUGUCGACCGUGAUCGUCAACUGGUGCGUUCUUCACCUUCCACCCAUUCAGCUGUUGCACAGUGUCUGCUUGAAAUGGCAUUCUUGUGAAUGGUCCAGAUGAGUGUGAAGUGGGCAGCAGUGAUAAAACUGUCUCUUUUUUUUAAGAAAACGAGAAACGUUCUGUAAUGCGUUACUUCCCACCCGGCCAUGUCAAGUUGCGGUGUCAAUGAGUCAGCCCCUGGCAUUUUCCCUCCAGCCUUCCUGUUCACAGUAGAGUGUCCCUCAUGUUUCGGCUCUGCCUCAUUUGUGACACGGUGCACCUCAGGUGAAGAUUAGCUCGGGAGGGGGUGGGUGGGGGAGCAACGCAAAUUGUGUAACCCCCACCGUUCCAUAAUUAACGUGUUGGGGUCCCCUCGGUUGUGCUGAUGUUGCGCCUUUGUCCUCUCCCUCCCCCUUUUCCUCCGCCCUCUUGGGCGAGUGGGCAACGUCUCAGUCUGAUUCCGUCCAGCUCAGUCCCUCCCCCCAUUCUCCCUCCUUUAGAUCUACAUCUGACCCCUCCUCAAUGAUCCAGCAACCCCACCCACGACCUCACUCUGUGGGAGAGUAUCCCCCAAUCUCCCCUCUCCUCACUCUCUGGGGGAAGACAUUUGCCUCCCCCAUCUCAGAGAAUCCCACAAUCUCCCCACUGCUCUUGGGGUGAAGACAUUCCCCCCCCCCCCAUCCCAGAGAAUCCCACAAUCUCUCUUCUGCUCUCUGGGGGAAGACAUUUGCUCCCCCCCCCCCCCCCCCAUCCCAAAGAAUCCCACAAUCUCUCUUCUGCUCUCUGGGGGAAGACAUUUGCUCCCUCCCUCCCCCCCCCCCCCCAUCCUAGAGAAUCCCACAAUCUCUCUUCUGCUCUCUGGGGGAAGACAUUUGCCCCCACCCCCAUCCCAGAGAAUCCCACAAUCUCUCUUCUGCUCUCUGGGGGAAGACAUUUGCCCCCACCCCCCCCCAUCCCAGAGAAUCCCACAAUCUCUCCCCCUCCCUCUCUCGGUGAGGACCUUUCUCUUUUUUUAUUCUUUUUUUGUUUUUUUCCUUUUUUUAGCUCUCGAAACGCCUGAGUGGCCAGUGACAAGCAGUGCCCUUCACAAAAUGCUCUGUUUAUGGUUUUUUUUUGUUUAUUUUAACCCCCACACCCCCGCCUAACUGCGGUAGUGCUUAUUUUCUCCCCCAGCGUGCGUGGUGUGCAUGUGUAGGUGUGAGACAGUGAGAGACACAAAGUGCACGAGUCUUUAUUCAGUUUCCACCACCAGGAAGAUAGGAAAACACCCGGGUGACCAGUGACAAGCAGUGCCCUUCACAUCAAAGGGCAAGGCUGUGUGAUCAAUGGGACCUCCUUUCUCCCCUAUCUCAGUCCCACCCCACCUCGUUGAAACUGUGACCCCCGCGCUGUCCCCCUGAAGGUUCAGCGCUUCCCCCUAUCUCUCUCCCUGCCGUCAUGGGGCACACCUUUCCUGCCUCCUUCCCUGUUAGAAAUUUAUAGGUUUACGUCAGAUCCUCCCCCUCCCCGGUUCUUCCAAAAGCAAUGCCGAGAUAUUCGGAGAAUAUCCCGUGCCCCUUGGGAAGCAACACGGGUUCCCUGGCAUCGCAGGGCGGCCAGUGUGAGUCCACUCCCUCUUUUGCAGCCGCCGACCCACCAGACCAGAGGCUACUGCUCGUGGUUCCCGCUCCGCCCCCAACCUGACGGAUCAAGCCCGAGUUGGUACCUUCUCCCCACCUACCAUGUGCCAUUGACAAUGGGAGCGGCCCAUGUCAACGUGUCACGCUGUCAUUUUGCCCUCCGGGCACCUGGUGGUGCUGUUGCACCUGUAUCGCAUGUUCCCAGGGCAGCAGGGAAGACCCCUCCCACAAUCCACUCUGAAGGACCCCUGAUAGAGAUGUCAGCUUGGCCACAGAUUAUUCGGUUCACCCUGACCGUGCCAACAAGACGUCCUGAAUGAAUCCGGUCCCAUUUGCCAGAACUUUGCCCGUCUCCCUCUAAACCCUUCCUGUUUUUGGACAGGUUCCUUAGGAGAGAGCAAGAAUUGAACACUUCCCACCCCAUUCCCCUCGGUCACCGUCCCAAUAAGCCGAUGGUGUGCUCACUGCCAUGGCGCUGACCCUCCCACAGCACCCACUCCCUCAGCACUGACCCUCCGACAGCGCCCACUCCCUCAGCACUGACCCUCUGACAGCACCCACUCCCUCAGCACUGACCCACCCACAGUGCCUGCUCCCUCAGCACUGACCCUCCCACAGCACCCACUCCCUCAGCACUGACCCUCCGAUAGCACCCACUCCCUCAGCACUGACCCUCCCACAGCACCCACUCCCUCAGCACUGACCCUCCGAUAGCACCCACUCCUUCAGCGCUGACCCUCCCACAGCGCCCACUCCCUCAGCACUGACCCUCCCACACCCCCGCUCCCUCAGCUGUCUUUGGCACUCUUGCGAAAGGUCCUGAUCCGUCUCGGCCCGGCGCGACCUCUCUCUCAGCUGAGCCGGUGAGGGGGCUGGUAGCGUGGCAGUGGACUUGGUCAUCCCAGCCUGAUAUCUCAGGGCGAGGGCUCGGCGCUGACAGUGAGACGAGCUCUGGAAGAGGAGGAAAGGGGGGGGAAGCUGUGAAGGCCAAGUUGGGGAGAGCUUGCAGGAGGCACUAUGACUUCCCUGGGGACGGGCAGCGACGUUGGCGUUAAUCUCACUGGCUGCCUCUCCCUCCAAACGCCCUCGCAGCACCUGCUGCCUUUCUCUCCCACCCCCCCCCCCCAAA